AUUGCUACGACCCAACCUCAAGCUUGUGCUACACCCGCAGACAGUCCUUCGGUUUCAGUCACGUCCUCGCCUCCCAGUAAUUCCCUAUCACCAGGUGGUUCAGGGCAAGCAAAACGGCGCAGAAUUGCGCCAAUCAGUCUGACUCCUGUAAAGGAAUCACAGACAUGCAAACCAGGUAAACAGCUGACGACGACUUCUUCCAAUCACUCAUCCGCUUCUGGAAGUGGCGAUGAAGCUGACAAUGGACAAUUACGAACAACUCCAGGCAGCAACAAGCACGAACUCACAGGUACCUCUUCAGUCAGGCUGGAAGCGAGCUCUAAUGAAUCAGAUAAUACAUCUGUACGCUGCGAACCAUGUGGUACAUCCGAGCUACGGUGCAUAGCAUGCGGUUAUGUGGGUCAAACACCAAGAGGCAUGAAAAUGCACAGGAGGUUGCACGAGUGCAACGGUGGCAACCUGAAUGCCCAAAGAGACCAAAAGACUGUGAAAAAACGACCGCAACAGACAGAUAAGGAUGGUAGUGGGAUCGAAUUCGCAACACAUACUCAGCAGUCCAUAUUCGACCGCAAUCAAAGGACUGCACAAACACCGAAAGAGAACGUUAAUUCGGUCAAAUCAGAACCGACGUGAACUUAAAGCGAACAUAACAACUUGCCUGCUCAACUUUGUGAUACCCCUUCCAUAUGUCAUCCCCCCUGAGUCAAUUUUCUGCCUUGAGGGCCCCAGCUGAAAGAAAUAGCUUCUUGGACCGCUUAUGCCUCCUCCUCAUGCACGCAAACUGAUAAAGCG